AUGAUGCUCCCUUGGGUACUCGUUCCACAGCAGAAUAAGUUUGUGCUGGAGAGAUUCGGCAGAUUCGCAAAAGUUCUAGAGCCAGGAAUCAACCUUAAAAUCCCUAUUAUAGACAUGGUCGCUUAUAGGCAUAACUUUAAAGAACAGGUUAUUAAUGUUGAUAGCCAGAAUGCUAUCACAAAGGAUAACGUAAAGCUUAAAAUUGAUGGAGUCUUGUACUACAAAUUCACUGAUGCCAAGAAAGCAUCUUAUAAUGUGAAGAACCCCAUUAUUGCUCUUUCCUUGCUUGCACAAACAAGUAUGAGAAGUGAGAUAGGAGUCAUUGAGUUGGAUAGAACCUUCGAAGAAAGAGAGAACCUUAAUACAAGGAUUAAGGAAACCCUUAGCCAUGCUAGUGAGAUGUGGGGAAUUGAAUGCAUGAGAUAUGAGAUCAAGGAUAUCCAACCUCCUGAAGAAAUCAGUAGAUCAAUGGAGCUCCAAGCUGAAAGUGAAAGAAUGAAGAGAAGUGCAAUUUUAAACAGUGAAGGUGAAAGACAAGCUAUUAUGAACAUUGCAGAAGGAGAAAAAUCAGCUGCCAUUCUGAAGGCAGAGGGAGAUGCUAGGAAGACAUUUCAAGAAGCAAGAGCUAUCAUUGCAGCCUUGGAGACUAUCUCAAAGUCUGUUAAAAAUGAUGAUGGAAUGGUAUCACUUAAGCUCAAGCUUACUGAAAAAUAUUUGGAAGCUAUGAAUAAGAUUAUGACAGAUAGUAAAGUAGUGGUUCUUCCUCCAUCAGCAGAUACUUCAAGUCUAACAACUCAGAUUGUAACUGGGCUUGAACUUUAUAAAGAUAUUAUCAAUAACAACGAUACUGGAGCUGCAAGUGCAUUAAUGGGGGCUGAUUCCCAAUAUAAUGAGAUUAAGCAGAAGCUCGAUCAGCUGAAUGUUAAUAAUAAGACCUCCAGAACGGUACCUGUUAAGACUUCUCCCCAGUAUGAGUUUUUGGAUGACAAAAUUUUAUACUAA